AUUCCCCCUCCUCCCCCGGGAGCGGCGGCAGUGGCGGCGGCCGGGCCGGGGCCCCAGCGCGCGCCGGGAGGGGGCACGGCGGAGGCCGCGGAGGCUGGCGCGGGAGGAGGCCGCGCUCCGCUCCCAGGGCCGCGCCGACCUGCUCGGCAGCCGUCCCGCCCGCGCCCAGGGGCCCCGAACGGUGGGGCCGGGCCGGCGGCUGAGGCCAGUCUCCUUGGUUCCUAGGUGCCAUGAGGAAGCCUCGCCGGAAGUCGCGGCAGAAUGCCGAGGGCCGGCGUUCCCCRUCCCCCUACAGUCUCAAGUGCUCACCCACCCGGGAGACCCUAACAUAUGCCCAGGCCCAGCGUAUUGUUGAGGUGGAUAUUGAUGGACGCCUGCAUCGUAUCAGCAUCUAUGACCCACUUAAGAUCAUCACUGAAGAUGAACUGACUGCUCAGGAUAUCACCGAAUGCAAUAGUAACAAAGAAAAUAGCGAGCAGCCUCAGUUCCCAGGCAAGUCCAAGAAAACUUCAUCCAAGGGCAAAAAGAAGGAAUCCUGCUCUAAGCAUGCAUCUGGAACUUCCUUCCACCUCCCACAGCCCAGCUUCCGUGUGGUGGAUCCAGGCAGCCAGCCUGAAGCACCCCCACUGCCUGCUGCCUAUUACCGCUACAUUGAGAAGCCACCUGAAGACCUGGAUGCAGAGGUAGAGUAUGACAUGGAUGAGGAGGACCUUGCCUGGCUGGACAUGGUGAAUGAAAAGCGGCGAGUAGAUGGGCACAGUUUGGUGUCAGCAGACACCUUUGAGCUGCUGGUGGACCGGCUUGAGAAGGAGUCAUACUUGGAGAGUCGCAGCAGUGGGGCCCAACAGUCACUCAUUGAUGAAGAUGCCUUCUGCUGUGUAUGCCUGGACGAUGAAUGUCAUAAUAGCAAUGUUAUUCUCUUCUGUGACAUCUGUAACCUGGCCGUACACCAGGAGUGCUAUGGUGUACCCUAUAUCCCCGAGGGCCAGUGGUUAUGCCGCUGCUGCCUGCAGUCUCCCUCUCGGCCUGUGGAUUGUGUCCUCUGCCCCAACAAGGGUGGUGCCUUCAAACAGACCAGUGAUGGGCAUUGGGCCCAUGUAGUAUGUGCCAUCUGGAUUCCAGAAGUCUGUUUUGCUAACACUGUCUUCCUGGAGCCUAUCGAGGGCAUUGACAACAUCCCACCUGCCCGAUGGAAACUCACCUGCUAUAUCUGUAAGCAGAAGGGGCUGGGUGCAGCUAUCCAGUGCCAUAAAGUGAACUGCUACACAGCCUUCCAUGUGACAUGUGCACAGCGGGCUGGGCUCUUCAUGAAGAUUGAGCCCAUGCGAGAAACCAGCCUCAAUGGCACCAUCUUCACCGUGCGUAAGACCGCCUACUGUGAGGCCCACUCGCCACCAGGUUCUGCCACUGCCAGGAGGAAGGGUGACUCCCCCAGAAGUCUCAGUGAGGCUGGGGACGAGGAUGGGCUGAAGGAGGGUGGUGGGGAGGAAGAAGAAGAGGAAGAAGUGGAGGAGGAGGAGCAGGAAGGCCAAAGUGGGGUGGGUGGCCCUCUGAAGGGAGUGCCCAAGAAGAACAAGAUGAGUUUGAAGCAAAAGUUCAAGAAGGAGCCAGAGGAAGCAGGCCGAGACACACCCACCAUGGGGACCACCACCACUGUCCCCAUGGUCACUGUCCCACAGAUACCCUCUUACAGGUUGAACAAGAUCUGUAGUGGUCUCUCCUUUCAGAGGAAAAACCAGUUCAUGCAGCGGCUUCACAACUACUGGCUGUUGAAGCGGCAGGCACGGAAUGGUGUCCCCCUUAUCCGGCGCCUGCACUCUCACUUACAAUCCCAAAGAAACGCUGAACAGCGAGAACAUGACGAAAAGACAAGUGCAGUGAAGGAAGAGCUGAAAUAUUGGCAGAAGCUGCGGCAUGACUUGGAGCGGGCGCGGCUGCUAGUUGAGCUGAUUCGGAAGAGAGAAAAGCUCAAGCGGGAGCAGGUCAAGGUCCAGCAAGCUGCCAUGGAGUUGGAGCUGAUGCCAUUCAAUGUGCUGCUGAGGACCACACUGGACUUGCUGCAGGAAAAGGAUCCUGCACACAUCUUUGCCGAGCCUGUCAACCUGAGUGAGGUUCCAGAUUACCUGGAAUUCAUAUCCAAGCCAAUGGAUUUUUCUACUAUGAGGCGGAAGCUGGAGUCCCACCUGUACCGCACCUUGGAGGAGUUUGAGGAGGACUUUAACCUUAUAGUUACCAACUGCAUGAAGUAUAAUGCUAAAGACACAAUUUUCCACCGAGCAGCUGUCCGCCUGCGGGACCUGGGAGGGGCCAUUCUGCGGCAUGCCCGUCGGCAGGCAGAGAACAUCGGCUAUGACCCCGAGAGGGGCACCCAUCUGCCUGAAUCACCCAAAUUGGAAGACUUUUACCGCUUCUCCUGGGAAGACGUGGACAACAUCCUCGUCCCGGAGAACCGGGCCCAUUUGUCUCCAGAGGUGCAGCUGAAGGAGCUGCUGGAGAAAUUGGAUCUGGUGAGUGCCAUGCGAUCCAGUGGAGCCCGCACCCGCCGUGUCCGCCUGCUGCGCCGGGAGAUCAAUGCCCUUCGGCAGAAGCUGGCACAACCACCACCACCACCACAGCUGCCAUCAUUGAACAAGACAAUGUCCAAUGGGGAGCUGUCAGCAGGGCCCCCGGGGGAUACAGCUGUGUUGGAGCAGGCCCUGCAAGAGGAGCCAGAAGACGAUGGGGACAGAGAUGACUCCAAACUGCCUCCCCCACCAACCCUGGAGCCUACUGGGCCUGCACCUUCCUUGUCUGAGCAAGAAUCUCCCCCAGAUCCCCCCACUCUGAAACCCAUCAAUGAUAGUAAACCUCCAAGCCGAUUCCCAAAGCCCAAAAAGGUGGAAGAAGAUGAGCUCUUGGAAAAAUCAUCUCUACAGCUAGGGAGUGAGCCCUUGCAUCACUUGCUCAGUGACAAUGGCAUCAACAGACUGUCUGUCAUGGCUCCUGACACCCCUGCUGGUACCCCUCUAAGUGGUGUGGGUCGCCGCACAUCAGUCCUCUUCAAGAAGGCCAAGAAUGGGACUAAGUUACAGAGGAGCCCAGACCGGGCUCCAGAGAAUGGUGAGGAUCAUGGUCUGGCGGGCUCUCCUGACUCUCCAGCCAGCACUGAAGAGGAGCACCAUUCCCGGAAGCGGCCAAGGAGCAGGAGCUGUAGUGAAAGCGAAGGGGAGAGGUCCCCGCAGCAGGAGGAAGAGACAGGCGUGACCAAUGGCUUUGGAAAACACACUGAAAGCGGGUCUGACUCGGAAUGUAGUUUGGGUCUCAGUGGUGGACUGGCAUUUGAAGCUUGCAGUGGUCUAACGCCCCCCAAACGCAGUCGUGGGAAGCCAGCCCUGUCUCGAGUGCCCUUCCUGGAAGGUGUGAACGGAGACACCGACUACAGUGGUUCAGGCAGAAGCCUCCUGAUGCCCUUUGAAGACCGCGGAGACCUGGAGCCCCUGGAGCUGGUGUGGGCCAAGUGCCGAGGCUACCCCUCCUACCCUGCCUUGAUCAUCGAUCCCAAGAUGCCCCGGGAGGGCCUCCUGCACAAUGGUGUCCCCAUCCCUGUCCCCCCACUGGACGUGCUGAAGCUGGGAGAGCAGAAACAGGCAGAGGCUGGAGAGAAGCUCUUCCUUGUCCUCUUCUUUGACAACAAGCGCACCUGGCAGUGGCUUCCAAGGGACAAAGUUCUUCCCUUGGGUGUAGAAGAUACUGUGGACAAGCUCAAGAUGCUGGAAGGCCGCAAGACCAGCAUCCGCAAGUCAGUGCAGGUGGCCUAUGACCGUGCAAUGAUCCACCUGAGCCGAGUCCGGGGACCCCACUCCUUCGUCACCUCCAGCUACCUGUAAGGAUGAGGCUGGGUUUGCUUCUGGCUGCCUUGCCUGCCUCCGUCCCAUGGGGCACAGAGAAGCCUCUUCUGCCCAGCCAGAUGUAUGGCCGGCAGUUCCCACUCAUGGCAGGCCAGGGAUUGGACUGUGUCCUCACUUAGGGCAAGGCCUCAGUUUUGACCAAUAACAUGGUUUCCCUGGAGGGCCUGCUGUGUGCCAAAAACUCCCACCUGAGGUCCAUCAGGGCUAUUCCACUGAAGAACCACUUAGAAGUAGAAACAGCUGUGGGGCUUGGGCCCAACAAGGAGAUGGACCUGGCCCAGAAGGCAAGAGGUGCUAGGCUCCUUCUCAAGGGGCUGCCUGGCUCCUCCAGCCCCUUCCCAGCUAACUACACCUCAGGGCAGGCGAGGUUCUGACACUGAUCCCAGAGAUGCUGUGGAUGCGCCAGGGUCCCUUGGGGAAUCCCACCGAGCUCCCCUUCUACMCCUCGCCAACCCAUUCUCAACCUAUCUUGUCUUCACCCUCUUUCCCUGUUCCUUUCCUUCCUUUCUCUCUUGUGCCAAACUGACAGAAAUAUCACCAAACUUGUCUUUUUCUUUAAAGUCUCAUUCCCUUCCUGGCCGGCUGCUAUGCUGGGUGGAUGUCUCUGCCAGGCCCCUCAGGGUCCAGGCAGGGGCCAGCCCACCCAUGAGAACCCCACCCACCAGCACACCUCCCCAUUCCACUGACCUCUGCUGCUGCUAAUAGGGCUGAGCCUGGCCAUCUGAGCAUGCCCCAGGAUGAAGUGGCCCUCCUGCCCUCUCCCUGCUUUGCUGUGUCAUGGGCCCAGGCUGGAGUGGGCCCUUAUCAGCAGACCAGGCUGAUUGUGAGAGUAUCCAUCUGUCCCCUGAGAUGCCAUGGGUAGUUGGGAUGGAGCGGUGCCCAUCAGCUGAGUGUGCCCUCUCCCUCCUCCCCUCUCAUGGGCUUUUUUGUUCUGUAACUGCAGCCUUAAAGCUCUCCACCACCGUGGACAGCAUGGCGCUGCCCUCGCACAUCCCCCUGCCUGCACUCUGCCCCAUGGCUCUGCCCCAUGGCUCUGCUGCUCCCUCCUCCCAAACCAGGGAACAUAGCCCUUGAAUUUCAUCCCCUGUCUCCUUCCCUCUUUCUCUUUAAUCUCCUCUCCACCACCUUCUCAAAAAAUGGAAGGGAAAAAACAAAACAAAACUGUGAAUGGGGAAUGCUGACUGACAAACCAACGCAGCUUUCAGAGGCUUCUAUGUUUGUUCUCUGGACAUUUCUUUUUUCCUCCUCUUAAGCACCAAAGUCGCAGGCCAGCUUGCAGGCCACUGACCGCCAUGUUGAUUUUUAACUUGACGUUCUUUUUAAUUGUUUUAAAUUUUUCAUAGGGGAGUUUUGGACAAAACAAAGUCACUGGGGAGAUCACUGCCAUUUGUACACACUCAACUUUUUAAAAAUACAGCCAACCACACACCGACUUCUUAUACAUUUGGGACAUGAGCCAGAGUUUAAAAGGGAACCAACUAAACUCAAUAACAUAAAGGAUGGGAUUUUGGAUUUUGUACAAUAAAAACAAAAAAACAAAAAACAAUUCAGCAUAUGGCUAGGGAAGGACAUGGUGUAUAUAAUUGUAAAAUACUGUUCUAAAUUAUUCAGGCCUAUACUGUCCAUUACUGGAGUCCUCCAUUGUGUGGCCACACAGUGUGGUUUAUUUAAAGGAGCCUACGCGUCCCCUCUCCCCAGGUAGUUGGUCAACUGUGGACUCUGUGACCUUUGUCUAAACCUGUGUUGUAAGAUCUUGGAGCUCUCUCCCCACUCCCCCACUCCAUGUCUGUCUCUCUCUUCCCCUAGCACUUUCUUUUCUUAGUCUAUUUUUCAACCUCUGAGUCUUUCAGUCUCUCUCUGAGUCUCAUUUUUAAAAAUGCUCUUUUAGAACGCGAAACGGCUCAGAUCCUGCUGUGGCAUGGGGCCUAUGUGUCUCUGUCGCGUCUGCUGUGAAGCACAUGAUGCUCUAUUUAUUGUAGAAAGUGACUUUAUUUGCUUUCUAGAAUUGUUUAUAACAGAUGGUAUAAGAGAGGUAAUAAACAGAGAAAAUCUAUGCCUGUAAAGAAUACAAAAGUUAAUUUUACCUACUAUAAUAUGACUGUCGGAAACUUAUUUUCUCUCUGAGAAAUAAAUGUUCUAAUGGGCAG